AGUUUAAGUCACAACAUGCAUAGCCAAUGGGCUUUGACCAGCGACACCUGUAAUUUACACACACCUGUUCACGAGCAGCCACGGGGGGAUUGGCGCGCCGACAGAGACAAAGCAGACUGUCUUCAAGUGAGAAAUGAAAUGAGGAUUUAUCCUUUAAGAAUUGGAAUUUUUCUGGCUUGCGCUUGUUUCCUGUCAGUGUCCUGGAUCAAAUCAAUCGGAAGUUAUGAAGAUUCAAGGAUGCCAGACCUGCAUUUGCUGUACAACCGGCUGUCGGUUGCUGAGGAGUUGGGGGUGCAGGUCAGAAAUGAUCUCAGCAUCAUCCUGGAACAUCUGGUAAACAAGUCCAAAGCUGCCAACGCCAGCUUCUCCUAUGUGAACGCCACAGAAACCGUCCCUCAAGCAGGAGAGACACUCAAGCAGCUGAAAAUCCAGCUGAACCAUCAAACGUUCUACCUGCCCAACAUUUACCAGUACCUGCCUCACCUGAGGGAGCAUGCGGACAGCCUGGUUCCCAACGUCCUGCUGGGACAGGGGCGCCGUGGAGUGUCUCUGGUUCUGGGCAUCCCCACUGUCAAGCGCGAGAAGCAGAGCUACCUGGUCAACACGCUCAGCUCUCUGCUCUUCAGUCUGACCGCCAGCGAGAAAGAAGAUCUCCUCAUCAUCGUCUUUGUAGCUGAGACAGAUUCAGACUAUGUGAAGAGCGUGGCAAAGUCCAUCAAUGACAACUUUUCCAAAGAGGUGGAGUCUGGCCUGGUGGAGGUGGUUUCUCCUUCCCAGCAUUACUACCCCGACUUCAACACCAUCAAGGAGACCUUUGGAGACUCCAAAGACAGAGUCAAAUGGCGAGCCAAGCAGAACCUGGACUUCAGCUUCCUCAUGCUCUACGCUCAGGACAAAGGCGUUUAUUACGUUCAGCUUGAAGAUGAUGUUGUGGCAAAGGAUGGUUACUAUAGCGACAUGAAGACGUACACAACCAGGGAGGCAUCAAAGGAUUGGCUCUUCUUGGAGUUUUCCCAGCUUGGUUUUAUCGGAAAGCUGUUCCGGACCAGGGACCUUCCCAUGAUCGCAGAGUUCUUCCUGAUGUUCCACAGAGACAAGCCCGUCGACUGGUUGCUGGAUCACAUUCUGUGGGUGAAGGCCUGCCAUCCGGAGAAGGAUAAAAAAGACUGUGAAACUCGGAAAGCUUUGCUGAAGCAGAGGUUCAAGCCGUCGCUCUUCCAGCAUGUGGGCCUUCACUCUUCUCUACCUGGAAAAAUACAAAACCUGAAGGAUAAAGACUUCAUGAAGCAGAGUCUGUUCAAAGCUCACCUUAACCCCCCUGCAGAGCUGACCUCCAGCCUGAAACAUUACAAGCAGCACAGCCUGAACCGCCUCUACGAAGGCCAGGACUUCCUCUGGGCUUUGACGCCCAUCAAGGGCGAUUUCAUCUGCUUCAACUUCACCAAACCCAUCCACGUCUCCGGGUACCUGUUUCGCAGUGGAAACAUCGAGACGAGUACAGAUAAAUUCUACAACACCACGGUGGAAGUGCAGCCUGCCAACGGUUUAACAAAACAAAGAAUGGCCUCUAAAUACAAGAACUCAGACAAUGGCUUCUUCACCAUAGGUGCGUUCAUCAACGGAGUGGCUGAAGGAGAAAUAGAUGAAGAGCUGCAGCCGGUGUCAGCCCUGCGCCUGGUGUUUCAGUCAGACUCUGACCUUUGGGCUGUGCUGAGUGAGGUUCACAUCAAAGUUUGAGGAUCACAUGGAGGGAAACUUCUCUGGCUCCCCCUGGAGGACAAAGACUUCUUCUACAGGAACAAGUGUCUUCAUCAGCGACACAUCUGAGGAAGAUGAAGGGGUUAAAUUAUUCUGACACAUCACUGCUGCUGCUGCUCUGAGACGGAACUCUGUUUUGCACUAUGAAAUGUUUUUCUACAAAUAAAUAAAAUGUGUCAUCCAAAAA